CUAUAUUCAGCCUCGACGACCCCGCCUUGGCACUAUCACAGCCAAUUAACAAUCCUCUGUCGACAUGUCCCCCAAAAUCACCUCCAAAAGUCUCUCAUACGAUUCGGCUCUCCCCCCCUUCCUCCAACGCCUCCGUGCCGAGAACACUGGAGGCUCCACAGCCGCGCCACGCGCCAGACGCGCCCCGAAUCCUGACGCCGACGAGGAGGAUGAGCCGGUCUAUGUGGAUGAAGAGGGGGCAGCUCUCGACGAUGAUGAGCUACACAGUUUAGGUGUGACGAAGAAGGGCGGAAAGAAAGGCGAGCAAGCUGCAGAGGAGGCCAAGCCAGAGGCAGUGGAGCCAGAAAGGAAAGAGGAGAAGAUUGCGGCAAUUGGGGCAGCGAGGAAACGAAAGGUUGGGAAAGUUGUGGGAGCCUCGGAGGAGGAAGAAGGGAAGGGCAGUGAUAAAGCGGCAGUCACCCCCGGGAAAGAUAAACAGGCGCCGCCACAGAAGAAAAAGAAGGUCAAGAAGGUGAAGCUGAGCUUUGGGGAUGAUGAGUGAGGAUCAGAUGGGCUGUGCUUGGAGUUCAUUUGAAGGCAGGGGGGUGAUGCAUUGGGUGGUCGGAAUACUGUGCAUUGGCUAUAGGGAACAGGGAUUGUUACGGGUGGCGUUCGGGAGUGCCUAGAGAUACCCAUUGAUUAUAUAAAACGCGUUUAUUUCACGCCAUGGAAGCUGUCAACACCUAGAUAUAGCGCCCAUACUAUGCGGUCCCUUUAAUAAGAAUUGACCAUGUUGCAUCAGAGGCACAGCAACUGUGGCCCUUGGCAGUUAGGUAAGAUACUAGACGGGUUUCCCACGCCCCAUGGCGCUCAACAGUAAGGUUUUGCAUUGAAGAUGUGUGUUAUGCGAAGCUAUAUCCCACCAAUUCCUAACCCCUUCCAAAUACGCCCCUGAAGACCAGGCCCCAGCCACCGAAUCUAGCCUCAAUCGACGGCAUCAAAACGAAG